CUAUCUUUAUUUAUUGGGAGAUUUGCUAAAACCAACCCAAAUAUUCAAGUCAAAUAUAAAAGUGUACCCCACUUUCAGUCAAAUGCAAAACCAACCUAAAGGGGUAGUGAAAGUACUAUUUAACCCUUAUGACCAAACAAAAAACAUAAAUGUAUUUUACGUUUUUAUCCUUUGGAAGUCUACACGUAAAAAACGAAGUCUACAAAUGUUUAGACUUUCUUAGAAGUCUACCUUAUAGACUUAGUUUGUAGUCUAUACUCUAAUUUGAUCUAAAAUUUUAAUUUUGAAAAUGUAUAAAAAUAAUUAUAGUGAUAUUUUUAACUAAUCAUCAAUAUAAUGGAUAAUAUGAACUAAAUAAAUUAAAAUUUCAUAUAAUUGAAUAAUUUUCAAGAAUAUAUACUAAUUUGGUUAUCAUGUGUUGGACAAUGUUUAUAGUUUACAAACAAAAGGUUAUAACAUGUUAUGUCUUUUAGUGGUUGAUUUCAUAGGGUUAGAUUUUAGAUUUUGUUUUUUUUUGUUUUAUUAACUUAAAUCAGCAUAUUAAUGUUUAGUAGUUUAUAUUUUGUAUAAUUGGGACUUUUUGAUUAUCAAGCAAAACAUUUAGGGUUUGAUAUUUGGGGUUUAGGGUUUCGUAGACCUACAGAAAAGUCUAUUUAGCUGGAGACGUCCUUUUCAGUCUAUUUUAUUGGUGUUCACAUAAAAUCUUUUUAUUUUAAAUUAAAUUUCCAUAUUUAUGAAUAAGAAUGUUAAAUCAUAUAUUAAUAAAUAUAAAAAAUAAAUAAAAAAUUUAGUAAGUUAUCUUUUUAAUUUUCGCAAAUAAUAAAGGGAAAGAAAAAAAUCGUUGUAGACUGACAAAGAAGUCCACAUAUCAAAUUUAACCUAACCGGAUUUAACCAAUAUAAUAUUAACCAAAUCGAAUUUAAACCAAACCUCUUUUAACCUAACCAGAAAAGUUACCCAGAAUAUAAAUACGAUUUGUUAAGCUUUUUGGGGUAAAAAAAACCCUAAUCCCCGCCGUUCUCUCUCUCAUGCGAUUUUCGGGGAGAUUUCCGGCGAACUCUAGCCACACCGUUUCCGCCGCUUAAACUAGUCGUUGUCCACUCCGUCGCUCUGAUCUGAGCCGGCGACUUCCAAAUCUCUGCUUCCUGUCAGUCUCACGGCUUCUACUCUAGCGAGCUAACAAACUGUGUUUCAUCUUUUCAGGGAACGAACGGUACGUCAUCUCUCUAUGUCUUCUCUCGUUUAACUAAUAACCUAACUAGUUGACUUAUAUUCCUGUAACCUCUCUCUUAGUUUGUUAACUAACCUAUUAGUUUCUUCUCUAAUCCAUUUUCUGCUUCCGGUCAGUCUACUUUAAGGUACACAUCAUUGUUGAUAUGUAGACAUAUUUUUUGAAUUGUUGUAUACUGUUUUUGGCUUCCGUCGAAGGAUGACAAAUUUAGUUUGGUUAGAUGGUUUCGUAUUCUCGAUUUAUGAUAGAGUUUGGGUUAUUAAUUUAGUUUGAAUGGUUAAUUCUCGUGUAGACUUCAUUUUGAUUUGUAGACUUCUCGGAUAGACUUCAUCUUGCAUUGUAGACUUCUCGGGUAAACUUCAUCUUGCAUUGUAGACUUCUCGUGUAGUCUUCACUCUGCAUUGUAGACUUCUCGUGUAGACUUCACUCUGCAUUGUAGACUUCUCGUGUAGACUUCAUUCUGAAUUGUAGACUUCUCGCAUAGAAUUAAUUUUGAAUUGUAGACUUCUUUUAUUCGUUUGUAAACUUCUCUUGUGUAAUUUUUUGUUUGUGCUUUUUUGCUGCAGGUUUCAAAAUGGAUAAACUUGAUUUCCCACAAAGGCUGUAUAGUGUAGGCCAGGAACCUUUUCCGAAUAAAAGCAUUGCCUACUACAGCAAUGACAGCAAGCUCUUCCCUGCUCUUAAAGAAGCACUCGAGGCAGAUGAAUGGGAGGAGCUCAAGAACUCGAGAGUAGGAGUGUUCUUAAAGUUCCACGAAAUGAAGUUUGGAUGGGCUUCAAGGCUGGUGCACUAUAUACUGUGUUUUCAGCUUGACUGCAAGAAGAAGUUUGAGUUGUGGAGUCUCGUAGGUGUUGAACCAUUGAGGUUUUCUCUGCAUGAAUUUGAAGAGAUAACUGGCCUGAACUGCGAGUAUGUGAAGAAUCUCGAGAAUCCGUUGGUUGAGGUAACGGCUGACAUGAAAGCAUUUUGGGCGCAGAUGGGAGUGAAUUUCGACCGGGGGCCAAGUAUUGAUGAAUUAACUGCAGCGUGUCAGAUGUGCAGAACAUGGUCUCGAGAUGAUCGGCUGCGUUUAGGGUAUCUAGCCAUCUACGCUGGCUUCAUCGAAGCAAGAAGAACCUCGUCACCCACACGGGCUAGCCUGGCUAGGUUAGUGAUGGAUCUAGAUGCUUUUGAAGAUUAUCCGUGGGGAAGAGUAGCCUUUAAAUUCUUGAUGGAGUCGGUGAAGGGUGUAGACUUGACAAAGACGUAUGCUAUUGAAGGCUUUGUUCAGGUUCUUCAAGUCUGGGUCUACUGCUGUCUCCCUGAAUUCGGAGCUGGGUAUGGUCUCCCUAUAGAAGGUUCUCCGACCCCACCUCUACUUGCCUUCUUAGGUGCCAAAGGCCAGAGAAGACUCCAGGAGAAUAUCUUGAAACAGACUAGGACUAAGAACUUUGCUAUGAAGGAUUACUCUGAAAUGUUCCCUCGCUGGGAUGGUGAGCUGGAAGAUGAGAAGGCUGAUAACAUAGUGAAGGCAAUGUUUUCUUCAGGCUGGGCGUGGGAACAAAGUCACUGGCCUCUUGUCGGAACAAAACUGUGGACAAAUGUGAAGGUGGAGAUCCAUCCGAUGAAGACAGAAGCUGGUCAGAUGAUGCGAAGCUUGAAGACAGUGUCCCCUUCUCGCACAGAGUCUGAUGCAGAAUCACGCAAAAAGGCUCGUGAGUCCCCUGGCCUGGAUGUGGAGACCAUGAAAGGAGAAAUAGUUCGUUGGCUAACUGGCCUGACUUCUAAUAUGGUUGAGGGGCUGAGCAGAUGCGAGAACACUCUGAAGACACAAUCCCACAUGAUUGAGGGCCUUACAACUCAAGUGGGAGCUGUUGAGAAGAUGGUGCGUGAAGGUUGGAAAGAAGACCACACCAAAGCUGGUUCAUCUACUGAUGUACCUGAGGCAAACAAAUCUGAUGGAGACAAAGCUAAGAAGGACAGCGCUGAAGGAAGCAAAGGUGAUGAAAGCAAAGGUGAUGAAAGCAAAGGUGAUGAAAGCAAAGGUGAGGAAAGCAGAGCCGAGGAAAGCAGAGCCGAGGAAAGCAAAGCUGCGGAAACAGCUCCCAAAGGAAUGACAACAAGAGCCAAAGCUAGAGACACCCAAGCCACUGUGAGUGAGAGUGAAAAUGAGAAUGGAGGCAUAAGUGUGGUUGUAGUAGAUAAAGAACAAUCACACAUUGAUUAUGGUUCUGUGAAAAAACUGAAACAAGUUGGUAAACUGAGAGCUGCUCGCAUUGUGGCCCGUGCUAAGAGUGAGCGGCAACGUAGGCUUGCUGCAACUCAGCAGUCUCCUUUUGAUGGAAACAGCACGGCAAAGGUUAUUAUACCUAACCAGCCGAAGCAAGGCCAGGGAUAUAACCCAUUUGCUAAUCCUGAUCGCCAAAAGCUCUCUGCUCUUCUUGAUUGGGUGAAACUUGACCCCAAAUGGCGACAGAAGGUCAAAGGUUCAUCAAGUGAUUGGUUCUACAUACUACUAACUCCAACAAAAUGGUUGAUUGACACGCACAUGGAUGCUGGCAUUAAUCUUUUAAGGCUCCGAUACACAAAGCACCCUGAAUGGUUUAGGUCGGACAGAAUUUGCAUGUUGGAUGCUGUAUUUACUCAAAUGUGGACAGCAAAGUACUCAGAGUUUCUGGCCUCUCCUGCCAAUCCUGACGGCUCAGGUAAACUACUCCCUCCUGGCGCCUUAGACUACUACACAGGCGAGGAACCAGCGUAUAGCAGAUCAAAUAAGACAUGGGCACUGGAGAUUGAUGAUAUAUAUGCGCCAUUAUUGGUCAAGAACGAUCAUUGGGUAGCUUGCUGGAUAUCAAUCCCGAGGAGACGCAUAGUCAUUUGGGAUAGUGAUCUUGCUUACGCUACGGAUGCAGAAAUUGCUAAGGCCGUGAAGCCUAUUGCACACAUGCUGCCGUACAUGCUGCGUAUGUUAUCUACCGGUGCGGAGAGGGAGUUGUACACGGUUGAUUUCACACAUGAGCGUGAAUCUGGGGUGCCACAAAACAAACAAAGUGGUGACUGUGGAGUGUAUUGCUUGAAGUAUAUAGAAUGUCAUGCACUUGGCAUGCCAUUCCCACCUCAUGAGCUGUGUGAUAAGAAGAUCAAGACAAUCAGGUCUCAGAUGGCGAGUGAGAUAUUUGAUGAGACCAGGAUAAACGGCACAGAGAAACGUGAUUACAAGCAUCUCGGUGUCUAUGACUAAGGUUAAUCCACUUCUUUGGGUAGAAUUGAGGGAAAGUAUGAAGUUUUUUGGUGACUUUCCUCAUCGGAUAUAUGUAGGUUGAUGUAGUAGUCUUUUGUACCAGACUAUUGUAUUGUGCUGUGAGUAACAUGCUGAUGUAGCACACUUUUGUUUGUAACAAACUUAUGUAAUUUGCUUGCAGCAGACUUAAGUAUUAGUCUUCUUUUACAGAAGACUUUUACAGAAGUCUGCUACUCGACUACUAUCUAGACAUCAUCUUUUUAUCAGUAUAUUAGUCUUUCUUAGCUCAUAUUCGAUCAAAAAUACAAAUUCGAGACAACUCAGAGACUUAGUCUUCUUUUCAAAAAGACUACAAAAGAAGUCUGCGGUAAGUAAAAGAAGACUAUAAAAGAAGUCUGCGUUCUGUAAAAGAAGACUACAAAAGAAGUCUGCGUUCUGUAACAGAAGACUAACACAUUAAGACAUAAGACAUGAGACAACAUCCAAAGCAAUAAGACAACUGAUAAGCUUCACACAUCACAUAAGACAUAAGACAACAUCCAAAGCAAUAAGACAACUGA